GCAGCUCCCCGUCGCCGCGCUCGGACUCGGGCUUCCAGGCGCGACGCGGCAUGUGCGUUGCUACCACUUUCGGCACCGGAACUGUGCUGGACGUGCGUCACGAGGACGGCUUUGUCGUGGUGCAGCUGGUGCCCAAGAACCUCGCGUACUUGCGCGAGGAGACCAUUAUCAGGGAGAUUAAGAGCGUCGUGGGCGAGCGCGUGAAGACGCGCUGGGGCAUGGCGACCGUGGAGCAGUACUACGUCGACGAGGACAUGUAUAGCAUCGCGCUGGACUGGCGCUGGGACGACGAGCACGUCUGGCGCAUGAAGGCCACGACCAAGAAGUUCGAGAAGGUGAACUCGCGCGGCACGCUCAUCCAGAACACCAAGAACCGCUUGUUCGAGGGCUACAGCUCGCUGCGGGAGAGCGUCGGCUCCAAGCUCACCACGACGAGCAAGAGGUAGAGAUGUUCAUUGCUAUGCUGCUGUAGGGAUUAUAUAUUUUGCUAGAGACCGUUUCUCAU